UGCCUUGGCUACUCCAGUUCCACACAUAUGGUUCGAAUGGGAGCUUGGGCCGAGCUGGAGAUCAGUGCAUGGAGCGGUGAUCGCGGAUCAGUUUGAUUCUGUUUGUGGUCGGGUGUGGGAGUUGCUUCACGUUCUGCGCGAGUUGCUCCUAGUGUACAUGCGUGCAUUCGCGUCGCGGCUGGAAUCGUUUCGUCUCGAUGCACUCGCCUGCCUUUGACUGAGUCGAUCUUAUCAGUGCAUCUGCGGUGUCUUAAGGAUAGUGGGCGCCUUUGCCGGCUACCCUGGUGAUUUGUGAGUGUCCUUUUUCAUGUGUCCCCGGAGUGAUUUAAUCAUAUGAAGUUGUUUUGAUUCGUUUGAUACUAAAUUGGUGGAUGAGUUUUUAUUGAAAUAUUUGUACGAAUUGAUAGCAGUGAUACGAGUUCAUGUGCGAAGUGUUGGAAGGAUAUUUAUAGUAACUCAUGGAUAUUCAGAUGACUCAUAAAGAGAUAAAAUGAGCCUUUCGUUGUCAUUGCCGCAACGCUACAAGAGAACCUUGCAAGCAAUGACACUUGCCGUAGCGAUCAUCUACAUGACUCUGGUCUUGUAUCAGAAUGCGUAUGGCUACCCGAACAUCCAGACAAUUCAACUACCUCUUGAAGUCGCUCAGCAAGAAGAUAUUCAACCUGUUGUUGUCGCAUCACAACAGCAAGAUGGACAUCAACAACAACAUAUCCAACAGCAUCAACCAACAACUGUGAUAAUUCGUAAAGAUGUACUCAGUUUCAAUUUCUCGGAUAUCGAGCGACCAGAUUCCUCAUCGAUCAGCGAUACGGGUCGGAAUCUUCUGCUACGCGGCUUAAGUCAGCGAUCGGUAACUGCAACGCCCAAACCACCUAUCACCGAGUUAGACGACAUUUUUAUCAGUGUGAAAACGACAAAAAAUUAUCACGAUACACGACUCGCAUUGAUUAUCAAGACUUGGUUCCAACUGGCAAGAGAUCAGACAUGGUUUUUCACAGAUGUUGAUGACAAGUACUACCAAGAGAAAACAAAAGGACAUCUGAUCAAUACAAACUGCUCCAUGGGACAUUUUCGAAAGGCGUUAUGCUGCAAGAUGUCAGCGGAGUUGGAUGUUUUCUUGGAGAGCGGAAAAAAGUGGUUCUGUCAUUUUGACGACGAUAACUACGUGAAUGUACCAAGGCUGGUGCGACUACUGGACGAUUAUAGCCCAACGGUUGACUGGUAUCUAGGAAAACCAAGCAUUUCUUCACCAUUAGAAAUUCACUUAGAUAAUAAAAAUUCGUCAGUUCCUACUAACAAAAAGAUUACCUUCUGGUUUGCUACUGGCGGUGCUGGAUUUUGUUUGAGUCGAGCUUUGACGCUAAAAAUGUUGCCAAUCGCUGGAGGAGGGAAAUUCAUAAAUAUCGGUGACAGAAUUCGAUUUCCAGAUGAUGUUACAAUGGGCUUCAUCAUAGAACACCUGCUCAAAGUACCUCUCACCGUUGUCGACAACUUUCAUUCACAUCUGGAGCCGAUGGAGUUCAUCCGACCUGAAACCUUCCAUGACCAAGUUUCCUUCAGUUAUGCUCGAAUGAAAAACGAAUGGAACGUUGUGAAAAUUGACGGGUUCGAUAUGAAAACGGAUCCGAAGCGCUUCUACUCGCUGCACUGCCAUCUUUUCCCGUAUUUCAGCUUCUGUCCGAGGUAAUACCGCCAACCACUUUGGGAAGUUUCUAGAGCAAUUUCUGCCGUUACGUCGCCAUCCUACGUGUAAAAAAUGCAGCAAUAGUCAGCUCCAGUGGGCGAUGAUGUCCUGUACCAUUAUUCAGAUACUAAAUCAGAAUUUAUGAUGCUUCGAGCAACAUCCUCCACUUUUGUGCUUGGUGCGGAAUAAUGGAAAGUUGAAUUCAACAACCUGACAUUAUAUCCGUCCUCGAGCAUUGUGAUGCAUUUUCCGCGAAAGAAAUAGACACGGAAACGUGUUAUCGUAAAUCAUAAUUAAAAUUUUAGAGCAUUUUUCGCGAUGCUGAUAUGGACGGAGCUGCUAUUCCCGACUAUAGUGAAAUGACUGUGAUGUUCUUAGUUGUGUAGGCAAAUGCAUACUUUAUCUUGUAAAUAGAAGGUAGUGACUAUCUACUGUCAAGUGUAAAUAAAAACGUGGAUAUGUGUUAUUUAUUGCAAUAAAAUAGGGAGUAGGAGAAUAAGACUGUUCCGGUCUUAAUAAAAUUACAAUUCAAUUGAAAUGCAGACAAGCUCUGCUGCGCCCAGAUACAUCGAAAUGCGUUUUGUUAAAUUUUAAAAGGAUUGUUCUAGUCUCUAUAAGAGAUAGUAUGACAUAAUAUGUGACACUAAUAUUUAUUCCGCUUCCAUGAAAUAUUUUAAUAUUCCUUUGUAAAUAGCAAUAUGUGAAUUAGAUUCUUGUUUUGUAAAUGAUUGUUUUGAAUCGAUCUAAUUGAGAUAAUACAUGAUUUGUGGAAUCAAAAGAGAAGUGAUCUAGGUGAUAAAGUUAUUGCAAUUUUUUGAUAAAUGAUGUAUACUUGUUAGUUUAAAAUAAAAGAAUGAUAUAUUUAAA